CACACUUCAGGGAUGCUUAGAGAGGAAUUUCUCCCUAUGUCUAUUUAUAGACUGCACCAUGGUCCCCUGGCUGCUUGAGGAUACCUAUGAUUAAUCACUUCACUGCAUGGAGCUCCUAAUAUGGCAUUGUCAAGGGACCCCAUCACUGAUAAGACCCUAACCCGCUGAUUUCUAUAUUGCUGUCCACCACUCAUUAACCCCUCCCUUCAAUAUACCCCCAACCCAACUCCAACACAAUAACAUUCCUGGGACCUGAAACGCUCCUCCAUAUUUGGUAGAAGGGCUUCAUUUAUAAAGAGAACUCAUGGUGAAACCCCAACAGGUCGCCAUUCUAUCUCAAGGACCAUUACACCUCAGUCUUCUCAGCACAGAGUGGUAAGACAAGGUAAAAAAUGGGUGAUGCUGCCAUGAAAGAGUUUGGGGCAGCUGCCCCUUACCUGAGGAAGUCAGACAAGGAGCGUCUGGAGGCCCAGACUCGUGCAUUUGACAUGAAGAAGGAGUGCUUCGUUCCUGACACUGAUGAGGAGUUUGUGAAGGCUUCCGUCGUCAGCCGUGAGGGAGACAAAGUCACUGCUCAGACUGAGAAAGGGAAGACCGUGACAGUGAAGGAGUGUGAUGUACACCCUCAGAAUCCACCAAAGUUUGAUAAAAUUGAAGACAUGGCCAUGUUCACCUUCCUCCAUGAACCAGCUGUGCUGUUUAACCUCAAAGAGCGUUACGCAGCAUGGAUGAUUUAUACCUACUCUGGGCUGUUCUGUGUGACUGUCAACCCCUACAAGUGGCUGCCAGUCUACAACCAAGAGGUGGUUGUUGCCUACAGAGGAAAGAAGAGGACUGAAGCUCCUCCUCACAUCUUCUCCAUCUCUGACAACGCCUACCAGUACAUGCUGACUGACAGAGAAAAUCAAUCAAUUCUCAUCACUGGAGAAUCUGGUGCUGGGAAAACUGUCAACACCAAGAGAGUCAUCCAAUACUUUGCCAGCAUCGCAGCUGCGGGAGGGAAAAAGGAUGCAGGUUCUGAGAAAAAGGGUACUCUGGAGGAUCAAAUCAUCCAGGCUAACCCAGCUUUGGAGGCCUUUGGUAAUGCCAAAACCAUCAGGAAUGACAAUUCUUCCAGAUUUGGCAAGUUCAUCAGAAUUCACUUUGCAGCCAGUGGAAAACUGGCCUCAGCUGAUAUUGAGACAUAUCUGCUGGAAAAGUCCCGUGUGACUUUUCAGCUAAAGGCUGAAAGAGAUUACCACAUCUUCUAUCAAAUUUUGUCUCAGAGGAAACCUGAGCUGCUGGAGAUGCUGCUCAUCACAGCAAACCCCUAUGACUACGCCUUCAUCUCCCAAGGAGAGACAACCGUAGCCUCAAUCAAUGACUCUGAAGAGCUGAUGGCUACUGACGAUGCCUUUGAUGUGCUGGGCUUCACUCAAGAAGAGAAGAACGGCAUUUACAAGUUGACUGGUGCCAUCAUGCACUACGGUAACAUGAAGUUCAAGCAGAAGCAACGAGAAGAGCAGGCAGAAGCUGAUGGAACUGAAGAUGCUGACAAAGUGGCUUAUCUGAUGGGCCUGAACUCUGCUGACCUCAUCAAAGGUCUCUGUCACCCAAGAGUCAAAGUGGGGAAUGAGUGGGUCACCAAGGGACAGAAUGUACAGCAGGUGUACUAUGCUAUUGGUGCACUGUCUAAGUCAGUGUAUGAGAAGAUGUUCCUGUGGAUGGUGGUGAGGAUAAAUCAGUCCCUGGAUACCAAGCAGGCCCGCCAGUACUUCAUUGGUGUGCUGGACAUUGCUGGGUUUGAGAUCUUUGAUUUCAAUUCUUUUGAGCAACUCUGCAUCAACUUCACCAAUGAGAAACUGCAACAGUUUUUCAACCACCACAUGUUUGUGCUGGAGCAGGAAGAGUACAAGAAAGAGGGCAUUGAAUGGACAUUCAUUGACUUUGGUAUGGACCUGCAGGCCUGUAUUGACCUCAUUGAAAAGCCCAUGGGUAUCAUGUCCAUCCUUGAAGAGGAGUGCAUGUUCCCCAAGGCCUCUGAUGCCACCUUUAAAGCUAAACUCUACGACAACCAUCUUGGCAAAUCCAAUAACUUCCAGAAGCCCAGAGUGAUCAAGGGGAAACCAGAGGCUCACUUUGGCCUGGCUCACUAUGCUGGAACUGUUGAUUAUAAUAUCAACAACUGGCUGGUGAAGAACAAGGAUCCUCUGAAUGAGACUGUUGUUGGACUCUACCAGAAGUCUAAUCUCAAGUUGUUGUCUUUCCUCUUUGCAAAUUAUGCUGGAGCUGAGUCAGCUGAUGGCAAAGGUGGCAAAGGAGGAGGGAGCAAGAAGAAGGGCUCAUCUUUCCAAACAGUGUCUGCUUUGCACAGGGAGAACCUGAACAAGCUGAUGACCAACUUGAGGUCCACUCACCCUCACUUUGUACGCUGCAUCAUCCCCAAUGAGACCAAGACUCCUGGGGCCAUGGAGAACCCUCUGGUGAUGCACCAGCUGCGCUGUAACGGUGUACUGGAAGGAAUCAGGAUCUGCAGGAAGGGCUUCCCCAACAGGAUCCUAUAUGGAGAUUUCAAACAAAGAUAUCGCAUCCUGAAUCCUGCAGCCAUCCCUGACGGCCAAUUUAUUGAUAGCAAGAAGGGAGCUGAGAAACUUCUUGGGUCUCUGGACAUUGAUCAUAGUCAAUACAAGUUUGGCCACACUAAGGUGUUUUUCAAAGCUGGCCUUCUUGGCCAACUGGAGGAGAUGAGGGAUGACCGUUUGUCACUCAUCAUUACUGGAAUCCAGGCUAGGUCUAGAGGUCUGCUAGCAAGAAUGGAAUUCCAAAAGAUUGUUGAAAGGAGGGAUGCACUACUUGUGAUCCAGUGGAACAUCCGAGCCUUCAUGGGAGUCAAGAAUUGGCCAUGGAUGAAGCUCUUCUUCAAGAUCAAACCUUUGCUGAGAUCUGCUGAAGCAGAGAAGGAGAUGGCCAACAUGAAGGAAGAAUUCCUGAAACUCAAAGAGGCUUAUGCAAAAUCUGAAGCUCGCAGAAAGGAACUAGAGGAGAAAAUGGUCUCUCUUCUCCAAGAAAAGAACGACCUGCAGCUCCAAGUUCAAGCAGAGCAAGAUAAUCUUGCAGACGCAGAAGAAAGAUGUGAGGGGCUGAUCAAACAUAAAAUUCAAAUGGAAGCUAAAGCCAAAGAGCUGACAGAAAGGUUGGAGGAUGAGGAGGAGAUGAAUGCUGAACUGACUGCUAAGAAGAGGAAGCUGGAGGAUGAGUGCUCUGAGUUAAAGAAAGACAUAGAUGACUUAGAGUUAACCCUGGCCAAAGUGGAAAAAGAGAAGCAUGCCACUGAGAACAAGGUAAAGAACCUGGUUGAAGAGAUGGCUGCACUGGACGAAAUCAUCGCCAAGCUGACCAAGGAAAAGAAAGCCUUACAGGAAGCUCAUCAGCAAACACUGGAUGACCUGCAGAGUGAAGAAGACAAAGUCAACACUCUGACCAAGGCCAAGACUAAGCUGGAGCAGCAAGUGGACGAUCUUGAAGGUUCUCUGGAACAAGAGAAAAAGAUUAGGAUGGACCUUGAGAGAGCAAAGAGGAAGCUGGAGGGAGAUCUGAAAUUGACCCAGGAGAGUUUAAUGGAUGUGGAGAAUGACAAGCAACAACUUGAAGAACAUCUGAAAAAGAAAGACUUUGAACUAAGUCAGCUUAAUAGUAAAAUAGAGGAUGAGCAGGCCAUUGCUAUUCAGCUUCAAAAGAAAUUGAAAGAGCUGCAGGCCCGCAUUGAGGAGCUGGAGGAAGAGCUUGAAGCAGAGCGAGCUGCUCGAGCCAAGGUGGAGAAGCAAAGGGCAGAUUUGGCCAGAGAGUUGGAGGAGAUCAGUGAGAGGUUGGAAGAGGCUGGAGGAGCAACAGCUGCCCAGAUUGAGAUGAACAAGAAGAGGGAGGCUGAGUUCCAGAAACUCCGCAGAGACCUUGAAGAGGCCACUCUGCAUCAUGAAGCCACCGCCGCCACACUCAGGAAGAAACAAGCUGACAGCGUUGCUGACCUGGGAGAGCAGAUUGACAACCUGCAGAGAGUCAAGCAGAAACUGGAGAAGGAGAAGAGUGAGCUCAGACUGGAACUGGAUGAUGUGGUCUCCAACAUGGAACAUAUUGUGAAGACAAAGACUAAUCUAGAGAAAACAUGCCGGUCUAUGGAAGAUCAAAUGAAUGAAUACAAGACCAAGUUUGAAGAGGCUCAACGCUGCAUCAAUGACUUCAACAUGCAGAAAGCAAAACUACAAACAGAAAAUGGGGAGCUGUCAAGGCAGCUGGAGGAGAAGGACUCCCUCGUGUCUCAACUGACAAGAGGAAAAACCUCCUACACUCAACAACUUGAAGACCUGAAGAGACAACUGGAAGAGGAGACCAAGGCAAAGAGUGCCCUGGCCCAUGCAGUGCAGUCUUCUCGUCACGACUGUGACCUGCUCAGAGAGCAGUAUGAGGAGGAGCAGGAGGCCAAGGCUGAACUGCAGCGCAGCAUGUCCAAGGCCAACUCUGAGGUGGCUCAGUGGAGAACAAAGUACGAAACUGAUGCCAUCCAGAGGACUGAGGAACUGGAAGAAGCCAAGAAAAAGCUGGCUCAGCGUCUGCAGGAGGCUGAGGAGGCUGUUGAAGCAGUGAAUGCUAAAUGUUCCUCUCUGGAGAAGACCAAACAUAGACUGCAGAAUGAGAUUGAAGAUCUCAUGGUGGAUGUGGAGAGGUCUAAUGCUGCUGCUGCUGCUCUGGACAAGAAGCAAAGAAACUUUGACAAGGUCCUUUCUGAGUGGAAGCAGAAGUAUGAGGAGUCUCAGUGUGAGCUGGAGAGUUCUCAGAAGGAGGCCAGGUCUCUGAGCACUGAACUCUUCAAACUGAAAAACUCCUAUGAAGAAUCUCUGGACCAUCUGGAGACCAUGAAGAGAGAGAACAAGAACUUGCAGGAGGAGAUUUCUGACCUCACAGAGCAACUUGGUGAGAGUGGAAAGAGUAUCCAUGAACUGGAAAAACUGAGAAAACAACUGGAUCAGGAGAAGAGUGAGAUCCAGUCUGCUCUUGAGGAAGCUGAGGCCUCUCUAGAGCAUGAGGAGGGCAAGAUCUUGAGAGCCCAGCUUGAGUUCAAUCAAAUCAAAGCUGAAAUUGAACGCAAACUGGCAGAGAAAGAUGAAGAGAUGGAGCAGUGUAAGAGGAACUUGCAGAGAACGAUUGACACCCUGCAGAGUUCUCUUGAAGCUGAGUGUCGCAGCAGGAAUGAGGCCCUGCGUCUGAAGAAGAAAAUGGAGGGAGACCUCAAUGAGAUGGAGAUCCAGCUGAGCCAGGCCAACAGGCAGGCAGCUGAGGCCCAGAAACAGCUUAAAUCUGUUCAUGCACAUCUUAAGGAUUGCCAAAUUCAGCUGGAUGAAUCUGUCCGUGCCAAUGAUGAUCUUAAAGAGAACAUUGCCAUUGUUGAGAGACGUAACAACCUGCUUCAGGCUGAACUGGAGGAGCUCAGGGCUGCUCUGGAACAAACUGAGAGAGGUCGUAAACUUGCUGAGCAAGAGCUGCUGGAUGUUAGUGAGAGGGUGCAGCUACUGCACUCACAGAACACUGGGCUUAUAAACCAGAAGAAGAAACUUGAGGUUGACGCCUCCCAGCUUCAGACUGAAGUGGAGGAGGCAGUGCAGGAGUGCAGAAACGCUGAGGAGAAGGCCAAGAAGGCCAUUACUGAUGCUGCCAUGAUGGCAGAGGAGCUGAAGAAAGAGCAGGACACCAGUGCUCACCUGGAGCGCAUGAAGAAGAACAUGGAGCAAACCAUCAAGGACCUGCAGCACCGUCUGGAUGAAGCUGAACAGAUCGCCAUGAAGGGUGGCAAGAAGCAGGUCCAGAAGCUCGAGGCCAGGGUGAGGGAGCUUGAGAAUGAAGUGGAGAUGGAGCAGAGGAAAAGCAGUGAUGCAGUGAAGGGCGUCCGUAAAUAUGAGAGGCGCAUUAAGGAGCUCACAUACCAGACUGAGGAGGACCGCAAGAAUAUUGCACGCCUGCAGGAUCUGGUUGACAAACUGCAGCUGAAAGUCAAAGCUUACAAGAGAUCUGCUGAGGAAGCUGAAGAGCAGGCCAAUACUCAUCUGGGCAAGUUCCGUAAACUGCAGCACGAGCUGGACGAGGCUGAAGAGAGAGCUGACAUCGCUGAAUCUCAGGUCAACAAGCUGCGUGCCAAGAGUCGCGACGUGGGUUCAAAGGACAAAUAUAUUGAAAAACGCUAAAUGGUGUCCAUGGAAUUCAGGCUUGGGAUCAGUAUUCAAGGUGCCAAAAGGCAUGAAACUCCAUUUCCAUUUUAAAAGGAUAUUUGAAUAGAUCCAUGGUAGAAUAGAGCAUAAUUCAUUUCCAUUUAGAAAUCAUGCAUGAAAAACCGGAGUACUAAUAAUUUACCACACAAUUCAGUUGUAGUUGUAAUUGUACAAU